AUGCUGAAGGGCACCCGGUUCGUUCGUGUCGCGACCGCCGCGAGCGGCGGCGAUGAUUCCAAGACGACCACCGAAGACGAGGGAUACAGGAUGCCUCCCCCGGAGGUUGCUCAAUUCGUUGAGCGGCCUCAGAACCCGAGCAUCAGCAUCUCGCCAAUGAGAGACCAGCUUCUGUACCUAAUGCGUCCACCGCCUUAUCCUCUGGUCAGCGAGCUCGCCCGCCCCGAGCUCAAGCUCGCAGGUAUGCGGAUCGACGAGACCCAAAAUAGCCGCUCGCGAAUGUCGGGCAACACAGGUAUCGCAAUCGGCCCGAUGCCGACGUCCGAGGAGGAAAUAAACUCGUUUGAGCACUUUGACGGGCUCCCAGAUGGGGCCACAUUGAACUAUGUCAGCUGGGGUGUCGAUGCCAGGCACAUCGCGUUUACAGUUAGAUUCGCCGGUCCCGAGGUGCCGGAGACCGAUCGUGCCCCGCCCGAGCUGUGGAUUGCCGACGUCACGACGCGUGCGUGCCGGCCGCUGCUCCCUGGCCGUGGUCUUAACACCUUGUUCGAGAGCUACAGCUGGCUGGACAAAGACACCAUCGUGGCGUGCGUGGUGCCUGCGGGACGCCCGCCGCGUCCGCAGCGUCCGCCAACCCCUCCAGGACCGCGCGUACAGACGAAUUUCGGCGGCAACGUGGCUCAGGCACGAACGUAUGCCGAUCUGCUGAAGGAUUCGCACGAUGGGGACCUAUUCGAGUACUUCAGUUCUUCUGAGUUUGUCAAGGUAAGCGUGUUGACGGGAGAGGUGACGCCGUUUGGCUCAGGGCCUGCGAUACACACGCGACUUGACCCUUCCCCGGACGGAAACUUUGUCAUCAUGGAAGCACUCCAGCGGCCAUUCUCGUACGCCGUGCCCUGCGGCCGCUUCCCUAAGCGCGUGUGGAUAACAGACCGUGAUGGGCGUGAAGUAAGAGAGGUGUGCAACUUGCCGAUGGCGGACAACAUUCCAAUUGUCCACAACUCGUGCCGUGAGGGGCCAAGGUCAAUCAACUGGCGACCGGACAGGCCAGCGGAGCUUUACUGGACAGAGGCACAGGAUCGGGGCGACCCGAGAUUGGAUGUAUCGCCCAGGGACAUUACAUACACGGCGGACAUGCACGCUGAUCCCACUGCCCCAGGCGUUGCUACGUUCCAGACAGAUCUGAGGUACGGCGGUGUGUCCUGGGCAGGCGAGGGUGUUGGGUUACUUUACGAGUCCUGGUACAAAUCUAGGACUAUCCGCGCCUGGGUGGUGGACACGGACGGACGCACCGACCGCGCGCCGCGGCUCCUUUAUGAUCGUGAUUACGAAGACUCAUAUAACGACCCAGGAUCGCCACUGUCGCGAAGGAUGCCUGACGGGACAUACUUAAUUGCAAACGUUACCGGAUCAAUCCCCGAGAGCGGUUGGAAGCCGGCGAAGGGCGAAGGGGCGAGUGACAAAGGGGAUAGGCCGUUUUUGGACCUACUCAACCUCGACACAGGAGCGACCAAGCGAAUUUGGCAGUGUCCUGAAGAUGGUGCCCUCGAAAGACCGGGAUCGAUAAUCAGUGACACAAAUGGCGCACCGAUAACUCUGGACACCAUGCAAAUUCUCCUCUCGAGGGAAACACCAAGCGAGAACCCGCAGUACUAUUCCCUAGAGCUCAACGGAUCCGAUGGCACGCUCAAGCCGCGCCGCAUCAGCGACUUUCCGCAUCCCCAUCCAGGGCUGAUCGAUCCACCAAAGGAAAUCCUUCGGUACAAACGUGCCGAUGGCGUUGAAUUAAACGCAACAUUAUACACGCCGCCUGGGUACGAUGCCAAACGCGAUGGUCCACUCCCAACGAUAAUGUGGGCGUACCCUCGUGAGUUCAACAGCGCCGAGGCUGCGGGUCAGCUGAGGGAUUCGCCCUUGCGAUUUACGUCAAUCUCUCCCAUGUCGCCGCUUGUUUGGCUGUCUCGUGGAUAUGCUGUUCUAGAGGGACCUUCGCUGCCUAUAAUCGGAUCCGCUGCGGAGGGCGUUGAACCAAAUGACACCUACGUAGAGCAGCUGGUGGCGGGUGCGAGAGCGGCAGUUGAGGAGGUGGUGCGACGAGGUGUUACUGACCCACAGCGCGUUGGCGUCGGCGGUCAUAGCUAUGGCGCGUUUAUGGCGUCCAACCUGCUGGCACACGCCCCAUACCUAUUCGCAUGUGCAGUCGCCCGCUCAGGGGCGUACAACCGAACACUGACGCCGUUUGGGUUUCAGUCUGAGGAGCGAACGCUGUGGCAGGCGCCGGAUACGUACAUGAACAUGAGCCCUUUCAUGCACGCUGAUAUCAUCAAGAAGCCAAUUCUGCUCAUUCACGGCGAAGAGGACACAAACAGCGGAACCAACGUUAUCCAGUCGGAACGAUUCUUCGCUGCGUUGAAGGGAAACGGCGCAGAUGCAAGGCUCGUGCUCCUUCCACAUGAAUCCCAUUCGACACGCGCUUUUGAAUCUGUCUGUCACACCCUCGCAGAGACGAGUGAAUUCUUUGACAAACACCUCUCUGCCAAGGCUGUCGAGCGAGAGGCCGAAGUCGCGCAGGAAGAAACACUGACGUCGAAGCUUUAG